AUGGAAAUCGUCAAUUCAUAUUUGUUCAAACAGAUCGUGCUAGCCACAAACAUUGCCGAGACAACGUUAACAAUAGACGGCAUUGUUUACGUGGUCGACUCCGGAUUAGUUAAGCUUAAGGAGCACAAUCCGAAAUCCGGGAUUGAUACUUUAACAAAAAUCCGAAUUAUGAAGGCACAAGCAAUCCAACGAAGGGGUCGCGCCGGACGCACCCAACCCGGCAAGUGUUACCGACUCUACAGCCAAUACGAAUUUUCCCGAAUGAAAAGCGAAGCCAUCCCAGAAAUUCAGCGGACCAACGUGGAGUCCGUCGUGCUACAAUUAGCCUCCUUAGGAGUCAGAGACAUCCUUCAAUUCGAUUUUAUGUCCCCUCCAAAAUUGGACGCUGUCAUGGAAGCCUUAGAACACUUACAGCAGCUCGGCGCCCUCGACGACCACAUGGCGUUGACAGAAAUGGGUCGAAAAAUGUCUGAGUUUCCGCUGGAUCCUCCCCUCGCGAAGGUUCUCAUCACAUCUGCAUCACUCCACUGCACCGAGGAAAUCUUGACAAUCGUCGCCCUGUUGUCGACCCAGCAUCAAAAUUUGUUCGUCAAUUCGAAGAAGGUCAGAGUCCUGGCGAAUGAGAAGAAGGCGCAGUUCAAUCACCCGGAUGGCGAUCAUCUUACGCUGCUCAAAGUGUAUAAUGCGUGGCGUUUAAAUUACUAUGAGAGGGAGUGGUGUCGUAAGAACUUUGUGCAGUAUCGAAGUCUCGUCGAAGCGGGGGAAAUAAGGGCACAGUUGUCGGAUAUGGUUGAGAGCCACGGUCUCCCCCUCCUCUCUUGUGGUCGGGACACGGUCAAUAUUCGGAAAGCAUUCUGUUCCGGAUUUUUCAGAAGACUGGCGAAAUCUGUGGUUCGCGUUAAAGGAGGAUAUUCCACGUUUACCAAUGAGACCGCGUUGAUACCGCAGGUCGUCUUUGUGCACCCGAACAGUUCCUUAUUCCCCCUCAGUCUGACGCCAGAAUGGAUUUUGUACCAUGAAGUGGUCAAAACUAAGAAGGCCUAUAUGAGAGCGAUUGUCACCGUGGAACCUGCUUGGGUCAAACAGUUUGCGCCAAAGUUUGUGUCCAGGAUGGCCAGAAAGUAUCCGGAACUUGGCAAUAUUUAA